AUGAAGAAAGCCUAUAAUGUUAUUUUAACUUUAUUUAUAUUCGCUCAGGCGUGCUACGGUUAUAAUAUAUUAUUCUACAAUGCUGCCAGAUUAGGCCAAUCCCACGUUUUUUUUAGUGGAAAACUGGCUGAUUGGUUGGUUGAGGCUGGUCAUAAUGUGGUAAGUGUUUAUUCUUGAUUAAAUUGGAAAAAAUUAAAAUAUGAAUAGGUAUGAACUCCUGUAUAACAAACGAAUUUUUAGUAAUCUCGCCUCUGCACUAGCCCUGCUCUAGCUUCACCUUAGCUAGCUUAUACUGAAAAAAAACACAUUUAUUUGCGAAAAACUAAAAAAGCGGGUUCAAAUUUAAAUUUUUGGAAAAAAACUAAAAUGUUACAUUAAAGUUUUAAAUUCAAUGAUUUCAGACAUUCUACCAACAACACAUGUUUGACUCAGUAAGCAAAACAGGAGUAAAAUUGGCUAAAACGUAUGUGCGUCCACCUCAUAAUAUUACUGUUGACGAUUUUGAUAGUACCAACUUUUGGUACUCUGAAAAUGAAUAUGUAAGUUUUUUUAGCUUUAUCCAAAUUAGUAGAUCUGCUAGGUAACCUACUAAGCCCAGUCCAAGCCUAAAAAAGUUUAACAAGGUACGGAUCGAGUCGGAAAUCUGAGCAUAAAUGAAGGUUCCAAAAGUUUAGAAUUGGCAUUUUUAUUACAAGUCUGGCUAAAAUUUUUAAUUUUAGUUUUUUUUUAUUUGUUAUGUAAUAAAAGCAUAUUAUGUUAAACUAAGUAAUAUUUUUUUAGUUUCUAGAACACUUUGGUAUCGCUCAGGCUCAGGCUUGUAAAUGUAAGUUUUUGUAAAAUACGCUAGGGUCACGUUUGUUAUUCAAUAAUAUUAAUUAAAAUGUUAUAAUUGUAUCAAAAUAAAAACCAUUAUGUUUUGCUGUUCUAGUUGAAUAUCACAAAAAACAAAAACCUUCUUAAUCUAACAUAUAUAAGACUUAUAAUAGUCUUACUUUUCGUAUGUUUCGGCCUGCACAAUUUUGAUUUUUUAUAACAUUCAAAUUGGAAUAAGCUCUAAUUUUUUUUGAUUAUACUGUGUUUUGCUUUUCGUUAUUUUGAAAUUUAAUCUUAUUUUAGCCCAACUCCGCGACAAUCAAUUGAUAGAACAAAUAAAAUCAGAAAAUUAUGACUUUGCUGUAGUUGAAUUUAUUGAUUUUUGUGCAUAUGCUAUUAUCGAAAAAGCUGGGAUUAAAAAUUAUGCUACAACAUCUCCUAUCAUUCCAAUAAAAGGCAUUUUUGAUGCUCUUGGAUUACCUUUGGGCAUUGGUGUUGUUCCUGGUAAGUUAUAAUGAUAAGAAGUUCAUGAAGGAAAGCAGAAAGAUCGUUUUAGUUCAGAUAAAGCUAUUUUAAAGAUUCAGGGUGGGGUAAGGUGGGAUAGGGUGAAGUAGAGUGGGGUAGGGUGGGUAGGGUGAAGUAGAGUGGGGUAGGGAAGGGUAGGGUGAAGUAGAGUGGGGUAGGGUAGGGUAGGCUAGGGUAGGGUAAGAUAGGGUAGGGUAAGGUAAGCUUAAUUUUAAUCGUAUUUUGUUUUUUUCAGGUUGGUACGAAUCGUUCAGCAAAGUCCCAACAUAUUAUGAACGUGCCAAAGCUCUAUUUGAAUUUUACAAGUCUGCCAUUUACAUGACCUCAAUAUCAACUCCGGUAAUCAGUGCCAUUCAAAACUUACACGACUCAACCUUCAACCCAAAUGAAAAGAUUGGCAAGAGUUCUUAUAUCUACAUGAACAUUGAUGAACAUCUAACAUUUCAAACACCAAUUACAUCAAAAAUGAUUUUCGUUGGCGGCAUUGGAGCUCAAAAUCGACCGGUCGCAAAAUUGAGCCCUGAUUAUAAAAAUAUCUUUAAUAGUGCAAAAAGAGGGGUUGUACUUAUUUCUUUUGGUACGGCUUUGAAAACUAACAUUAUGCCAGAAAAAUUCAUACAGGCUAUUGUGAGUAUGGCCAAGAGAAAUCCGGAUAUCAAUUUUAUUUGGAAAUACGAUGACAAUGACAAUAUUGGGGCUAAUGUUACUAAUUUGUACAAAAGAAAAUGGAUACCUCAACAUGAUGUAUUAGGUAGACAUAAAUUCUACCCUGCCUUAUCUAUCCUACCUUAUCUACCCUACCCUACCCUGCCCUACCCUACCUUGAGGCUUACCGUAUCCUGAGGCCUAUCGUACCUUGAGACCUUAUGUUCCUAAACGUCUAACGUAACCUGAAUCCUACUGUGCCCUAAAGCCUACCGUAUUCUGAAGCCUACCGUACCCUACGGCCUGCCGUACCCUGAGGCUUACUGUAUCCUAAAGGCUUCUCUACCCAAAAGCCUUGCGUACCGGGAGGACUCUCCUACCCUACCCUGCUCUACUUAAGUCUAUUCUGUUCUAUCCAAUCCUGCUUUCAUUACUGUACUCAAAACUAACUGUGCCUCCCAGCACUUAAUUUACCUAUAUCCCUAUUGUACCCUAAAGCCUACUUUCUUCUGAACUAUACUGCCCGGCUUACCAUAGACCCCAAUAUUUUUUAUUUUAAGACCUAACGUAUUCAAAGCUUAACUGUAAUCUAGACUGUACCGUACUCUCUAUUUUCAGCCAACCCAAAACUACUAGCCUUUAUCACCCAUGGAGGCCUAAAUAGUAUAGUAGAAGCUACAGAACUUGGUGUUCCAACUGUUUGUAUGCCUAUCUUUGGAGACCAACAUAUGAAUUGUCAAGCUGUUCAAUCACAUGGACUUUCUAUUACUAUAGAGAAGACUUUUGUCACUACCUCUAAUUUAAAAAUGGCAUUAAAUAGGGUCUUAAAAGACCAAAAGUAAGUGAAAAGGUAUAGCGAAAACAUAUUAUUGUAAGCAAGCUUUCAUAGUCAAGUUUAAACUUAACUUAACAAUACAUGUUAGUAAAACGGCUUGCGAAAGACGCUUUUACUACAGUAAACCCAAUUUAAAAAAAUCUUUUCAGAAUACACAAAAAAGUAAGGCGAAUGGCGGAUCUUAUUAAUAACAAGCCAUUCACUCCAAAAGAACAAUUUGUAAGAACGAUAGAGCACGCCGUAAGAUACAAUGUUCAUGAAGCUUUAGAUCUACCAGUAAAAACACACGGCUUUAUUCGAGGAUACAAUAUUGAUUUUAUUUUGAUUCAUUCAUUUGUUUUAUUAACUUUAGGCUGGCUUGUACUAUAUCUAUAUCGAUUUGUAA